AUGGGCGCAAGCGACUCUAAGCUCGUUUUUAAACGGGGCAUCUUUCGGUUAUGCGAAGAACGACAUAUACCCGCAGAUGAUGCCUACUGGACCUCUUUCUGGGAGCUCCCUGAAUCCUCCGAGGACGUCUUUAGUUUGUUCACGCCUGCAGAUAUUCGAAGGACUCGCGAUCGCGCCCUCGAGAACCUAGAAACCCUCAUCCUCGCCGUCACUUCUCGCCUAUUCAUAUUACGUCAUCAUCCAUCUUUCCCCGACCCGGAACUUGCUCCAGAGCGCGAGGCAUUGAAUUGCGUCCGGGUUCUUACCCGAAUCCUGCCUUAUUUAUAUGAGAAAGACUCUCUGGGCGAAUGGGAACAAAAAUUCUUCUGGGCACAGCGGAGGAAGCGCACUCGGCAGGCUGCCAUCGCUAAUGAAAUCCUCUUCGACGAAGCCCAGGAAGCCGAGCGCAAAGUCGAAUCCGCACAUUUUGAGGAGGUCAAGCCACUUGCAGAAGAGCUGGUAGACACAUUGGUAGAUCUGCUAUUCUUUUCUGACUUGACAUUACCGCGGCAGCCACACGGACGAUCCAAGGUCAGCUAUGCGAUAUGGCAGAGUGGCGUGGGGUGCAAUACGGCUGUUGCAACAACAAAGGAGUAUGAAAGCAAUCGAUCAGAAAUCUUGCGCCUUCUCCUGACCCUGGCUGGCCAGAGCUUGUACAUGACAGCCGGCGUUCUUCCACAGACUGGUGUGCGAACCUUGACUCAUCUCUGUGCAUGCCCAGACAAGCAAGUGGUACUCUCGGUGCUCUGCUCUCUGCUUAAUACGGUCCGUUUAUACAUGUGUGUGCUUCCAUGA